AUGUCGUCAGAGUCAAGCAGUGAUCUCGAGGAGCUGGAUGUCAACUUAAAGGAAUUUGCCAGAAAAAGGCAGUCUAGGCUAGGGAUUGUAAGAACUGGACAGCACCAAUCCGGGCCUGUGUCUCAUGUUGGUGACAUCCCAAAUGAGCUGGAAUACGAUACUUUGCUUCGCUGUGCUAUGAUGGUCCUGAAAAAAGGGAAGGAUUUGGGAGAAUCUACAAGGAUCAAGCUUCCUCUGGAUGUCAAGAGGGAAGCGCGGAAGACAUCUAUUAACAUUGCCGAGAUAUCCAGGAUUCUGAACAGAUCUGCAGACCAUCUUGUGAGUUUCUUGUGCAAUGAACUUAUGACAACAGGGUCCAUAAACAAGGACGGAAAGCUUCUUCUCAAGGGGAUGUUCAUAAGAUCAGAAAUUCAGGAGGUCCUUAGGAGAUACAUCGAGCACUUUGUUGUAUGUAAGAUAUGUGAAAGUGUCGAGGACACUGACAUUGUCAGAGACAAAAGGCUUUAUUUCCUGAAAUGCUCCAAAUGCGGAGGAGCAAGGUGCGUAGGAAAUGCCGUAGAGGGAAUAACGACCAAGGGGAAGGCAAAGCCACAGCUCCGAGGAAUGUUAUAG